AAAAGAGAUCACAUUCCACCGCUUCUUCCUCCUCACGCAAUAGCAAGAAACCAAAAAAAAAAAAACAAAACAAAAAACAAAAACAAAGAAAAAGUCGAUCGCCCAUGACUUGUACGUCUCUGUUUCUUAAAUCUCCUUCCCCUUAACUCCCCCUCGUUUGCCUCCUCCUAAAGCAACCCCAUUUCCCUUUCUCUAUUGUCCCCACUCAAUUCCGUCUAUUACGUAUCCACCUUUCUCUCCCUACACAUUCCCUGUUUUGCACCCGCAAACUCUGCUUAGUCUGCUCCUCCUACAUAUUGAAAACAGAGGAAGUAGAGUUUUCACGCGCAAAGCUUCGACCUUUACAGAGCCGUAUUUCCCUGUCCCAUCCAAGACCCACUUCGUAGUAUACCCUAUACACCCUCCGUUUCCUUUACUCUGCUUCGUUUUCAUGCGCUCUGCUUUUUAUCCUAUAUAUUAAAAACAGAGAAAGUAAACUUUACGCGCAAAGCUUCGACCUUUAUAGCCUAAAAGGGCCAUAUUUCGCUGUCCCAAGGGAAACCCACUUAUCACAACACAUCUAACAAUGUCCUCUUCAGGGCGGAGGAGGUUCGUCGUGCGACGCCACCCGGUGGUGGUGGCGGACGUGGGCUGCGGCUGCCGCCGCCCAAAGCUCCCAUCUUUUCUCACCUCCCUGCCCAUUAAAACCCGUCCCCAAAACCCCAAGCCCCUCUUUCGCCCCUUCUCCCCCUCCACCACCACCACCACCUCCACCACCUCCACCAUGAACACCACCACCACCACCACCACCACCACAACCUCCUCUUCGUCCCCUUCCGUGGCGGCGUUCGAGAGCCCGAAGAAGGGGGCGAAGAAGAAGAAGAAGAAGAAGAAGAAGAAGGUGGAGGAAGGGGUGGCGGUGGUGAAGGAGUCGUCGGACCCCUACAUCGAUUUCAGGGACUCGAUGAUGCAGAUGAUCGUGGAGAUGGAGAUGUACUCGUGGGAGGAUCUACGCGACCUCCUCCACCGCUUCCUCGCGCUCAACUCCCCCUACCACCACCACCUCAUCCUCCGCGCCUUCGCCGAGAUUUGGGCCGCGGGGGCGCUCUCCCCCCCCUCCUCCGCCGCCGCGCGCCGGUGAGCGCACGUGCGCGGGCACGUGAUUGGGAGGCGGACGAGGAAAGCGCGGCGGGAGACGAGGACAAAGAGUUGAGAUCCUGGUACCACCCCGUGCCACGUGGACGAGUCGUUGGGAGCCUCGGCGUUCGUCCGCGGUAAUCUCACCGGGUGGUGUUAGGAUCUCAAGUCGCAACAAACAACGAAUGCAAAAUGAUAAUUAAUAUUAAUACUAAUAAUAAUAAUUAACAUACGCUAGCCUUUUCUUUUUUUUCUUUUUUUUUUUGUAACUAAGGUGUUUAAUUAAUGACAUUUCUCUGAAAGUAGGAUGCUGGCGCGUUCGUAAGAACUAAGAAGCGGUGUGAGAGGCGCCCCAGUUGGAUUUUACUGCUGUUUUUUCUUCUUUUUUUUUUUUCCCCCUUUUUUGGGUGGGAUCUUGGCCUUUAAUUAAUUAAUUAAGAAGAGAUGUGGGGUACGUUGGGGUGUUGAUCAUGAGUUUCUCAUUUGUACAACUAAUCACUACCUUAAUUAUUCAUUCGCCUCUCCCUGUGAAAAUCCAUUAUUAUGUUUUUGGUC